AUGUCCACCCAGUUCCCAGACGGCAAUGCCGCCGACGCGCCCCAUGUGGGAGACGCCUCGGGCAGCGACGCCAACCCUACCGCCGGUGCAACGAUCAGCCCCGGUAAGAGCGCGAGGUCUUUCGCUAGACCUACCGUGGCUUCCACCGCCCGCAGCAGCGCCUUGCCACGCGCUACCGGGUCCGCCAACUUACGCCAAAUCAGCAACCCAGCUGUACCUGGCGCCUUCGGAAACGAGCAGCUAGAGCAGCAGGGCUAUGACGCCGACUCAGAUAACGACGAGGCCGACAUUACCCAAAUCCACCAUCUAGUACCAUCGCGCCCGUUAUCACCUGUCGUAGACGCUCAAGACUCUAGCGACUCCUUUCAACCGUCCCCGCCUAACGUCACUACAACCCGCGGCCGCGCAGGCUUUCAGUACCCCGCUCUCCGACAGCGGUCGGACGCCCAGCGCACUGAUAACCCCUUUACGUACCAAACAGAAGACGGCAACCAUACUAGCUACGCCCUCUCUCCGCCUACAUGGGACCCGCUACCCUCGCCUACGCCACGCACAGAGGGGACUACCUCAAAGCCCGUCCGCAAAGUCAUUGGCUACGUAAUCCCCAAAACUGACUUGCCUCAAGGCAGUCAGCCAACUCUAGCCGCCUAUGAGUACGACGCCAACGGCGAGCCCAGGCUAGUAGGAGAACUUGACGAAGCUUUUGUUAAAGGCUCAACCACGGAAGCUGGAGAGAAACUCUACCAGUUCUGCUUUGACACCGUCCACACCCUACAUAACGACCUCGCCAAUCUUCAAGAGCGCCUGACGGACGCUCAGGAAGACCUCAUCGACGAGCGCGUCGCCAAACUCAACUCCGAAAAGCAGGUAAAGUUCCUUACAAACCAGCUUCAAGAGGUGAGAGGCAGCCUCCACGUAGCCAACCAAGACCUCCAGUCGAAACUCGACACCGCUGAGCGACGAGCCGAACGCUACCUCCAGCGCAAGGAGGAGUACAAGACCGCCCUUAACCAAGAGUCUACCGCGCACGGCGAAACCAAAGAAAAGCUUAAAGCCUAUGCUAGCACCGCGCGCCCAUCUCUACGCGGCAAACCGCAUGACUCCAUCUCUGACGAAUCAGAUGGACCCGUUAGCGUACGCCGCCACCGCUCAGCUACCAAACUUAGCCCUGACGCUCCGCUGCCCGCCACAACGCAGCGACGAUCUAAACAACCUGAACCCGCGGUCUUUGAGGGCCCUACAGGCACAAAGGCCUCUACCUACCAGAAAUGGAAACUCGACAUGCAGAGCUGGUUCCGUGCCCAUCCGUACCCUUUCGCCAACAACGAGGAGGAGCAACUAGACUACAUCCGCAUGAAAACCACCGGCGUAGCCUGGGAUAAUAUCUCGAGCGGAUGGUUUGUCGAAGGAGACGAGUUCCAUACUGCACAAGAAGCGUGGGAUAUCCUCGACGCCUGCUACGGCCGUUUGAAUACCCGCCUAGAUGCCCACAACUUCUACGAAAAGGAAGGCUUCAUGAAGCCUGGUGAGACUAUCACCUCCUACCUGGCCCGCUUCAAAGCCGGCGUCGCUCCCUUGAAAUGGGACGACGAGGAAAAGACUCUGCAAGCCUACAAGAAGUUGCCAGACCAGUGGCGCAGCCGAGCGGAGCACCUCAUGAGCGACGACACCUUCACCAAGGACUUUGCCAAGUUCAGCCACAAGCUCCGACACCUCGAACAACUUCACUCCGCCCUCCAGCCCUCUCACAACCCUAGCAAGGGUAAUAGUGGAGGUAGCGGUCGUGGCGGCGGCGGCAAUAACCGCAACCGCAAUCGCAACGCCGACAACGCGCAGCCCAAAGGCAGCGGAGCCAACCAAUUUAUUAUCAACAAACCCUACAGGGAGCGCACUGUCAUGGAGACCCAGGUCCUAGCUGAAUUGGAACGCUGCUUCAAGUGCACCCGUGCAGGCCACAAGUCUAACUCCGACGACGCGCCCUGCAAGGACAUGGACAAGCUCACUUCAAUGGGCCGCUACCCCGAAGUCCUCACCGCCUUGAACGAAGCCCGCAAGGCCGCCGGCGUCCCUAUCCCUAAGGCCGCCGUACGCAUUAACGCCGUCCGAGCCCCUACUCCUCCAGCGGCCGCCUCUGACGCCCGCUCGGAAAACGAGUAG